AAAUAAACGCUUCUUCCUCCUGCUUACAGACGUGGGGUAAAUAUGGAGGAAGAAGCGCAGUCUGGAGUGGAAACGAAGGAAAAUGCGGCCAGCGAAGAUGGGGACAAACGCGGAGAGAAAGAGGAAGUCACCGCCGAGGCAGAAACAGAGGACGCCUUUAAAAAACCGGCCAUAUUCGCGGCGCCGUCGCUAGCGAACAAGCGGAUAAACAGCGUAGCAGAAAACAAGGUGGACUCCGCGCCUGAGGCUGCUUCUGACGCGGCCGCCGGAGAAAAAGAGCGAAAAGAGGACGCACACGCCGACAAGCCCAAGAGACAAGACUUUAAAGCGAAGGGACCUCCUGUCGACGCGGGGAAGUUCCCCCCUCUGCCGUACGCGGAGCCCCCCUGGGGGGGUCCUUCCCCGGAAUCCACGUACGCCCUGGAGAUCCUCAAAAACGGCACCAUAGUGGACACUGUGCCGCUGACCCAGCGCAGCUACUUCGUGGUGGGGCGGCUGCCGGUGUGCGACGUCUCCCUGGAGCACCCGUCCAUCUCCAGGUACCACGCGGUGAUCCAGUACCGGUGCCAGGCCGGCGAGGUGGGCUGCGUCGGCGAGGAGAGGGGCUUCUACAUCCACGACCUGGGCAGCACCCACGGCACGGUGGUCAACAAGAACAAGAUCCCCCCGAAGACCUACAUCAGACUGAGGGUGGGACACGUGUUGAAGUUCGGGGGGAGCACCAGGCUGUUCGUCGUGCAGGGUCCGGAGUCUGACGAGGAAGAGGAGUCGGAGCUGACGGUGACGGAGCUGAGGGAGAGAGCCCGCAAACAGAGAGCUGAGCUGGAGAAGAGGAUGAUGGGAGACCGCUCUGAUGGAGAGGAGGAUGAUGUGGAAGGGGACGGCAAAAAGAGCCAGAGCGAAGCAUCGAAUCAGGACUCUGGAUGCUCCUGGGGAAUGGAAGAGGACGCUGCUCCGGAGGAAGACGAGAACGAGGAGAACCCCUUCUCGACCGAGUUCCACGAGGACCAGGAGGCAGCCUACCUCAAAGACCCCAAGAAGGCUCUGCAAGGAUUCUACGACAGAGAGGGCGAGGAGCUGGAGUUUGAGUACGAGGACCAAAAUCAUGGCACGUGGCUCUGCAGGAUCAAGCUGCCGGUGGACGACGCCCUGGGGCGGCAGCUGGUCGCAGAAGUGACCCACACGGGGAAGAAGAAGGAGGCAGCCGUUCAGUGCUGCCUGGAGGCCUGUCGGAUGCUGGAGGCCCGAGGGCUGCUGAGGCAGGAAGCGGUUUCACGCAAACGGAAGAAGAAAAACUGGGAGGACGAGGACUACUACGACAGCGACGACGACACUUUCCUGGAUCGGACCGGCACCGUGGAGAAGAAGAGGCAGGAGCGAAUGAAGAAGGCCGGGAAGAUCGAGGAGCGGACCGAGACCUACGAAUCUUUGGUGGCCAAGCUGUCCUCGGUGGAGAAGGAGCUGGCUGACACUCAGAAAAAGCUAACUGCUGGUAAACAAGAGACCUCGGCCUCCUGCGCCGAGGACUCGCUGGACGCCUUCAUGACGGCGGUGAAGACCGAGGCUGCGAUGGACGCCGUGGAGCGCAGGAAGCUUCACAUCCACGUGGCCGACCUGCGCAGAGAGGCUCAGAGGCUCCGGAAACUGGUGGACCUGACCCGGCCGGCGCAGAUGCCCUCGCUACUCCCCAGCGGAAGCUCUGACUCGGAGAAACCCAAAAAGAGCUUACCGCUGUUUGGCGCCAUGAAGGGAGGAAGCAAGUUCAAGCUGAGAACCGGAGCCAUCGGGAAGCUGACCCCCAAACGGCCCAACCUGCCCGCCGCGCUCUUCAACAUGAAAGAACUUCCAUCUGCGGGGGAGCAAGAGAAAGAGGAGGAAGAAGAGGAGAAGGAGGAGGAGGCAGAGAGAAGUAAAGAUGAUGGGGAUGAACGCAGCGCCGCCCAGUCUAAAGCUGACUGUGAAGAUUCCAGCGCUCCUCUGGGUCGCCUGAAAGAGUCUGAGGAGGUCAACGAUUUGAAGGCAGGGGGCACCACAGAGCCAGCUGCUGAGCCCAGUCCCAAGAAGAAGAAGAGAGUGAUGGGCCCCAGCAGGCCUCCACUGCCGGUGCAGCUGUCGGCACAGUAUCCACAGGAUGACCCCGACUAUUCUGUGUGGAUGCCGCCUGCAGGUCAGACCGGAGACGGCCGCACUCACCUCAACGACAAGUACGGCUACUGAGGAGGACACAACAGAGACGAGACAACAGAACCGCGACCUUUUUGGUUCCCUCUCUCAGACUGCGAGGAACUGGAAACGAGUGGCGUUCAGCCUCUGAGCAGUCGCAGCGCUGGCAGGGAGCGAUUCAAACGUUCGCCUUUUUAUUUGGCCCUCAGCAGCGUCCGACUCCAGAUUUCUGUUGUUUAGCUGCUCUUCCUGCAGAUGAAACCAACCUGACACCCAGUCCGCACCGCGCUCCUGUUUGGCUUCAGUCGAUCCCUGGCGUAACCCCCCCCCCCCCCCCCCUCCCCUCCCCUCCCUCCCUCUGCAAAGGGAGUGAGUGUGUGUCAGGAAGAGAGGGAGCGCAUUGAAGCAGCUUUUCUGACCAUCUGGACACUUGGAUGGCGUACUGGAUGAAACGUAAGCUGAUAAUGACUCAAGCUAAGUGGAGUGUGUGUUUCCAUGAGCACGCACACACAGUCCAGCCCUCUCAAAGUUCUCUUUUUAACAAGAUUGUCUCUGCGAGAGCUAGGCGAUUCCUUUCUCUGUGAAAUCCCACUCAAGUGUUGUUUCCUUAGACGUCAGCUACACGUCCCGUCCUCUUUGCACAUCUCUGCAACUGUGUUUUAACACAAUAAUACUAAGUGGAUCCUUUUUUUUUUUUUUUUUGUAAAAUAAUAAAACAGUACAUAAGUAAAAAAAAAAGGCUGGGUUGUGGUCUCUGUCAGCUACUAGUAGGAGCUGUGGAGCAGGAAAGUCGGACACUUUAUGUACACAGUGUUGUUUUUUUUUCUUAUAUGUAGAAAAUGUUUACCAUAAAUCGGAUGUUUGGUUUAGUUGGUCGCAAUCUGCGAUUUAACCACCAGAUGUUAGCAGAGGGACAGUUCUUAUUAAAGUGGGCUUCAGAGGAGUUUUUGAUUUAUUACAGAUUAAGUUAGGCUUAAUAUUUUGGUCAUAACCAGUUACUCAGUCUGGUUAUGACCAACAUGUUGCUCUGUAGCCUGGAAUGUGAUCCAACUACCUUUUUAAGAUCAUAUAAACUUUGAAUAUUAUUGGCUUUUCUGUUUCUUAUCCAAACGUCUAAAAGUUGCAUUGAUAAACCCAGCCAAUCUAUUCCAUCUAUCCUC